UUAUAUUCAUACCAGCUAUUUUGACACCUGCAGUCUCUUCUUCCAGAUAGCUUCUACAUACAGGUUAAAGAGAUAAGGCGAUAGAAUGCAUCCUUGUAUCACUCCCUUACCUAUGCCAAACCACUUGCUGUUGCCAUGAUCUGUUCAAUAAAUGUUCGGGAGUGCCAGUCAAACGCUUUGCUAUCAUCUAUAUAGCAGUAGUACAGUCUCUUCCAACAUUCUCUGUACUACUGCUACUAGGAUGUAUUAGUUGGCUAUGAAUAUGCUUUUGUUUAAACGGCCAUAAAUUUUUAGUUAUAUAUCAGAUCACAUUAAUCUGUGAGAGUUUUUUACCCAGUUUUCUACUAAUCAGAUUUGAAAAAUUCGAAGGUCAAAAUUUUGAUGGUCGUGCAUUUUUCAGGCUUCCAGCAACGUGACUUCCGGUCAUUUGCGACAAUGUUCCCAAGGAUUAAAAUGAUCAAUGACCUUUACUUUUUUGAAUUAAAUUUUAAAAUUUUCGGUUAGGUUACUAGAUGGUUAUGCGAAAUUUCUUGUCUACUUUCGUCAUCCUCUUCUUCUCCUUCUCCAUUUUCUUCUUUUCUUAUUCCUUCCCUUUGUUCGUCUUCUUCAUAUCUCUCUUCUUUACAUUUCGCUUCGCCUACAUCUAUUUCCUUUCCUCCUUCUUUACCUCCUCGUUAUUUGUCUCCUUUUUUUCUACUUCUUCUUAAUAUUUUGCUUCGUCUACAUCUUCUGCCUCUCCAUCUUCUUUUUCUUCCUUUCCAUCAUCACCUUCUUCUUUUUUCUCCUUCUUAAUCUCCUUUUUCUUUAUAGCUUGCUUUGUCUAUAUCUUCUGCUUUCCCGUCUUAUUUUUCUUUAUCUUCAUCUUCUCCUUCUUCCUUUCCUUUUUCCUUUCUAUCUACUUCUUCUUCGUCCUUAUUUUUUCUCCCCUUUUUCUUUUUUUGUCCCAUUUCUUCCCCGUCUAAGAUGAGAUAUGCUGCCUCAUUGUGACUUUUGUCGUUCUUUUUCUUAUUUUUCACUUAGCUUCUUCUUAUUUUUUAGAGAUUGUGUAUCAGGACAGCAAUUAAGAACAAUGUUUCAUGUGUAAUCUUAAAUCGAAGACUUCAAAGUUGUCAUUUAUGUAUGCCAAAAGGAAGCAGAUGUUUUCUAAACUGUGCCACCAUCGGGAUUCUUACCCAUCUCAACAUGUCUCAAUUAAGGUCUCUGCUGUUAAUUUGUGAUGAAAAAUAGAAUUUCUGAGAAUGCUAAUUUGCAUUUUUGAUUCGCAGGAAAUCAAGAUGAAUCAACUUGAAGAGAAUAUUUCCAUAUUCGUUGGCGUCGUUUUCAUCUUGGUCAACUUUUUUGGACUGCCAGUUAAUAUUAUGGCCUUGGUGGUCCUAAAGAAACAGGCCCCAGGUGCGCCAAGGCUCAUCGACAAAAUUCCCAUCAGCAUGUGCAUCAGCAACCUUAUUCAGAUGUUCCCUAUUUACACCAUCACUGCUGUUGCCUGCUUGAAGGCUAAGUGGAUAUUUGGAAUGCCGCUCUGUUACUUCAUGGGAUUUUGGGUGCAUACAAAUGCCAACGCUGCGAUAUGGCAUUUGGUCCUCUACGCAGUUGAGCAGAAGCGUGCCCUAUGCAGUGGAUACUGCAUUAAUGCCGCCAAAAGACACAUGUGUCGGUGGAAACAGUAUGGGGCACUAGCUCUUGUUUGGGGGCAUGGCGUUUUCUGGAGCACAGUUCCUUUUGCAGGUUGGGCUGAGUAUCAGUUCGAGGGAUUGAAUGUAAGUUGCUCGGUCGCCUGGGAGAAAACGGAUCCUGUGAGUCUCUCAUACACAACAUGCAUCUUACUUUUCAACUUUGUGAUCCCUGUUACCGUCAUAGGGUACUGUUACACAAAGAUAUUCCGUGGAUUCAAAACACACGUGAAAACUGUCUCUGCAUCAGUUGGCAUGGCUGCCCAGCAAAGCAACCGAUUGAGGCUGCGGCGGUUGGCUGCCAUUGGUAGUUUCAUGACCGCAUCGUUUUUAUUUGCCUGGGCACCCUAUGCAAUAGUUGCAACAAUUACGAUCAUUACUCAGAAGACUGUGAGCCCUAUAGCUGCGACUCUGCCUGCAGUGUUUGGAAAAUGCUCGGUACUGAUAUACCCAACGAUCAUUGUUUGGAAAAGGACAACUCUCAAGUUCCGAUUGCCUGAGAAUUCCAAGCAGCAGGCAUCAAAUCUGCCCUCGCAGAAAGUUAGCGUUCGUGAACUUCCUAACAGCUAGAAUUCCAUUCACUGCUUAAUCUUAUAAUCAACACGGGGAAAGGAGCCAGAAGGAGAUCAGGGCACACAAAGGUUUUAGCAAACAUCCCCAAACAUUCUUGAUCUAAAAACGAGGUCUUUGUUUAUUUGAAAGUCCCUUUUUGUAAAAAACUUUUUCAUCAUAACUGAUUAUUUGAUCGACGAGUCUAGCUAAGUGUCCUAAGUGUCCUGGAUUUCUGGAUGCAAUUAUUUAGCGCACGUCGUAGCAACAACAUUCUGAAGCAUGGUGUACUUCAACCUUGCCAAUUAUUGAACUUUCGAAAACAAGUUGGUGACGUUGCAUUUAAAUUAACGCAAAUCGUAUAUAAACGAAUGUUUUCCAGCACAGCACAUUGGAAGCCAGACAUUCUUCCUGAAAAAUAACAUUGAUAUGCUAUUUCCAAGAACUCAAAAGAGGACUAUAACAACGACACCUUUGUAGGUGUCGGCAUUUUCAAAUAUAAUAAAUAGGGGACGUUAAGAAGUAUACAAUUAACAAACGACAAACUCGAAGAAUAUCAAACUCUUAGUGCAAUAAUUGUUAGUUGUUUGAUAAAGUUCUAAUUACGCUUAGGUUUUAUAUGUCGCAUGUGGUAAAAAGUCAAUAUUGUAAACGAUCAAAGGAAUUUAAAGCGUUAUACAAAAAUAAUGAUAAAAAAUAUUACAAAAAUUUUCAUUGUUUAUAAUGUUAAUUACAUAUACGCGAAGGUGACUCGCUUUUCUUUAUACCGUGAAUUUUAGAAUAUUUCCCCCCUUCAAGUCAGCGGAAUAGACCCCCUCA